AUGGGAGACUCUAGACCAUCAUGGCAAACGCAAGAUGAGGAGGAGGAAGAGGAGGAGCUCGAUGAGAAUAACUAUACCACUUCAAACGAUGCCAUUCUCUUCGCGAUUGAAGUCAGCUCAUCGAUGCUUGCGAUCCCUCCAGAAUCGGAUGAUAAGAAGGCCGAAAAAGACAGCCCGGCACUGGCAGCCAUCAAAUGCGCAUACCAAAUUAUGACACAGCGUAUUAUCUCCAGUCCCAAGGAUAUGAUGGGAGUCCUGUUAUUUGGUACGAAAAAAUCCAAAUUUCAAGAAGACAAUUCACACAGCCGGGGCAACAUCACAUAUCCCCAUUGCUACUUGCUAAGCGACCUCGGCAUCCCUUCCGCGGAAGAUGUCAAGCAGCUGAGAGCAAUCUCUGACGGCACCGAUAAUGCUGCCGGUAUCCUCGCCCCAUCUGAGGAGCCGGUAUCCAUGGCGAAUAUGCUUUUCUGCGCAAACCAAAUCUUCACCACCAAGGCUCCCAACUUUGGUUCUCGGCGCCUGUUCAUCAUCACGGAUCAAGACGAACCACAUGCUACAGACAAACUUGCGAGAUCCCAAGCGACUGUGAGAGCCAAGGAUCUGUACGAUCUCGGUGUUACAAUUGAACUCUUUCCUAUUUCUCACCCGGAUCAUGAAUUUGACCGAUCCAAGUUCUACGAUGAUAUCAUUUAUCGCGACCCUGCCGAUGGCGGAGAUCUUCCCUUAGCGCAGACCAAGUUGAAGUCCUCGGGUGGAGGCAUCUCUCUGCUCAUGAGCCUUAUAUCUGACAUCAACUCCAAGCAAGUAGCGAAGCGGGCGCUAUUUUCUGGCUUGCCAUUUGAAAUAGGCCCUGGUUUGACCAUCUCAGUCAAAGGAUACAACUUACUUCAAAAGCAAAAGCCUGCUCGCUCCUGUUACAUCUACGAGAAGGGCGAGGAGCUUCAAAUGGCGGUGGGGGUAUCAGAACAGGUUAAUGCAGACACGAGCCGCAGAAUCGAAUCGUCCGAGAUCAAAAAAGCUUACAGGUUUGGUGGAACUCAAGUACUUUUCACUGCCGAGGAGCAACUCAAAAUCAAGUUCUUCGAAUCGCCGGUAUUGCGUAUCAUUGGCUUCAAGCCCCAGUCGAUGCUUCCGAUCUGGGCAUCUGUGCAAAAGGCUACAUUUAUCUACCCCAGUGAAGACGGCUACACUGGAUCCACUCGAACGUUCGCUGCUCUAUGGCAGAAGCUUCUCAAAGAUAAGAUUAUGGGGCUUGCAUGGUUCAUUGCACGAAAGAAUGCUAAACCUCUGAUCGUUGCUAUUCUUCCUUCUGCAGAGCGAAUUGACGAAACGACAGGCGCCCAAGUCGUCCCCCAAGGUCUCUGGCUAUAUCCCCUGCCUUUUGCGGACGACAUCCGCGAGAAUCCAACCAAAGCCAAACCUUUCGACGCCCCGGACAAUCUCGUAGAUGAAAUGAGAAAGGUAGUAAAGCAACUCCAACUUCCCAAAGCUAUCUACGAUCCUACCAAAUACUCGAAUCCGCAGCUACAGACAUUCUACAAAUGGCUCCAAAUCAUUGCUCUCGACGAUGAUGCCCCACCAGACGAUGAGCCCCUCGUGAACGACACCACUAUCCCCAAAUACCGCCAAAUUAACAAGCGCGCCGGCGAGUAUAUACAAAAUUGGGGGCUAGCCCUCGCUGAAUACGCCACGGCCUAUACCAAAACACAUUACGGCGAUGUUGGUGGCACACGACUGAAGCGAGGCAGUGACGAUGAUGGAGACGGAGCGGGCAGGAAGAGAAUCAAAACGGAGAAGACUGGACUAGAUGGCUUGAGCAACGCGCAGCUGAAGGUGGUUAUCGGGUCUGGAGGGCUGGGCAAAUACACGAUUCCAGAACUCAAGGAUUUCAUGCAUACGAAGGGACUGAGCUCGGCGGGGAAGAAGGCGGAUUUGGUGGAGAGGGUUGAGGCGUGGGUCGAGGGGAACUGUUGA